AUGCAGGCUGACCUGUUGGCCCUGCAGUCCAGGGUGCCUGGCUUGAGAUUGCAGCGCGCAACGAGGGGGACCAGCGACGACGCCCCCUUCCCCAUCACCCUCUCUGCUGUCGUGACUGCGCCGCCCCAGGGGUCACAGUAUGAUGUGGACAGCAUCAAGGUCGUCGUCCGACUCCAGGCCCCCCUCCCUCGACCUGCUGUCAGCAUCGAAGUGCACUCCCCUAUCCUGCCGGAGCGGCUGCGCCGGGCGGUGGCGGAGGACGUGCUGGCGACAUACCAAGUGGAGGCCGCCGCCCGUGCCGGCGACGCGGGCGGCCUCCACCUCGACCGCAUCUGGGCCGACCUGCGUCGGCGCUGGGUGACCCUCAUCUCCAGCUGCCCCGAGCUGCUGGAGGCAUACACGAGCUCGGACGCCGACGGGCGUACGGUCCGGCGCUAUGCAUUCGUGGACGAGGAAGAAGUUCCGGCUGGGCAUGGGUCUGCCACUGGAGCACCCGACGGCACAGGCGCUGAGCUGGGCGACCGAGCGAGAGAAGGUGCCUCGCUGGCGGCCGCGGCGGCCGGCCUGACUCUGGGGGAAGGCCGGGGCGCCGGCCCGGCCUCGCUGCCAGCAGCUUCCACCCAGCUUCCCGCCCAACUGGCGGCGGACGUGCGCUGGGCCGAGGUGCGGUACCGCGCCGCCUGCCAGGUGUUCUGGGGCCCGGGUGGGAGGCCGGGCCCCGGGCAGUGCAGGCCGCCCAGCGCGGGGCAGAGGAGCCUGCUGAGCAUGCUGCUGGACCUGACCCCGGCGGACCCGGACUGGCCGGCGGGGGCCAUGCUGCACCUGUCCCUCUCUGUCGAGGCGGCGGCUGGAGAGGAUGGGCAGCCAAGUGUUCGGGUGUCAGGCCUGACCUGCUCCGGGAGCACCCACCUGACAGGUCUGGAAAGCACGGCGCUGCAGCGCCUGGUCCAGGCCCUCCUGCUCCAGGAGGGCGGCGCCAGGCUGCAGUCCGCGCUGCGCACGCUGGAGAACGGCGGGGGCGGCCUCCUGCGGAGCGCGCGCUGCAUCGCCGCCGAGGUGGAGCGGCGCCGGGCUGCGGCGGGAGGCAAGGCGGAUGGCGGCGCUGGGACCGCUGAUCAGGCUGACAACCCCGGGGUGGUCGACUCCGCAGCAGGUUCGGAUGACUCUCCCAGGGACUCGAGCAGGGAAGGGGGCGAGGGCAGCGGCUCCGAUGUUGAGGGCGCCGAGGCGGGUGGCGGGCCAGGGCCAGGGAAGACGGGCGACAGGAGCAGCAUGCAGGGCGGCAGGCCGGUGCUACUACGCCUGGGUGGGCUGCAGCUCGCGGGCUGCGACGCGCUGGAGGCCCUGACCCUGAUCAUGCAGGUGGCCUGCGGCCGCUGCGGCGCCACGGCCACGCUGGCGCUGGCCCUGCAGGGCCGGGAGGGGGCCGAUGCGGAAGAGGCGUGCCCCGGCUGCCACGCACGCCUGGCCCUGCACGCCUCGCCCCGCAUCGUGCAUGAGCACAGCAACGUGCUGUGCCGGCUGGACGCGACGCGGUGCGCGCCGCGAGACCUGUCGCUGGGCACCACGGUGCAGGGCCAGUGCGGGAACUGCACCGCACUAUGCGCGCUGCGCGGGGUCCAGGUGGGCCAGUGGAACGCGCGCGCGUGCAGGGCCUGCCACUGCUCCGUCGGCUUCAAGGUGCGGGGGGUGCAAAGAAAGGGCCGGGCGCCCGACCACAUCCUGAAGGCCGGCCAGCCCCUGCCCAGCUUCGGCACCUGCCGCCACUACUGCCACUCCUACAGGUGGCUGCGCUUUCCCUGCUGCGGCGAACGCUACCCCUGCGACCUGUGUCACGAGGAGGGGGUGGCGGACGGACACCCCGUGGCCUGGGCCAAGCGCAUGGUGUGCGGGUACUGUAGUGUGGAGCAGCCAUGUGCCCCACGCUGCGCCAACUGCCUGAGGAAGCUGGCUGCCACCGGGCAUAACCCCUCGGGAACCCACAGCCGCUUCUGGGAGGGCGGGAAGGGGGAGAGGGACCCCAGGAGGCUCGACAGAGACCUCCCCUCCCGUCGAUGUCGGAAUGAAAAGCUGCGUUACUACUUUGAGAACUUUGGCGUUGUGCAGGAGGCCUUUGUCUCGUACGACCGGCACACCGGCAGGCCCCGCGGCUUUGGCUUCGUGGUCUUCGCCGACCCCGCCGUGGCGGACCGCGUGGUGAGCCAGACCCACACCAUCGACCGGCGCGAGGUGGAGGCCAAGAAGGCGCUGCCCAAGGAGGACUCCCCCGUGUUUGUGGGCGGCCUGGCCGCCAGCGUGGACGAGGCCGCCUUCCGCGCCUUCUUCUCGACCUACGGUGCGGUGGAGGACGCGGUGGUCAUGUACGACCACGAGAACCGGCGCCCACGCGGCUUCGGCUUCGUCACCUACGCCGACGAGGCCAGCGUGGACCGCCUGCUGGCCGACGGCCCGCUGCACGCCGUGCAGGGCAAGCCGGUGGAGCCCGUCUCGCCCACGCCCUACGCCGCCGCUGCCUCAUCCCUACUCCUGUCUGGACUCCUGGUCCUGGGCGUGCUGGGCGGGGCAGUCCACGCGGAGACGGACUCCCCCCUGCUGAACAUCACCGCCCUCAUGCCCCCACAUCCCACGCACGAAAACGACUCCUACAUCUGCACCGUCGUGAAAGCCCCCGAGGAGGCUAUGCACCUCGUCGGCUUCACGCCCGAGGCGCACCAGUCCACGGUGCACCACAUGCUCCUGUUCGGCUGUAGAACCCCGGCCAGGACCGACCUCCCGGUCUGGGACUGCAAGAUGAAGAAGGUGUGCGCCGUGGCCGACAACGAGAACGUGCUGUACGGCUGGGGCAAGAAUGCGCCGGCGGUGACCCUGCCCGAGGGCACCGGCUUCGCGGUGGGCCCCGGCUCUGCCAUCCGCUCCUUCGUCCUGCAGGUGCACUACCGCCUGCCCCGCCCCGCACAUGACGCCUCGGGCCUGCGCAUGCAGUUCAGCCGGCAGGCGACCCCGCGCAGCGCGGGCAUGCUGGCCUACGCCGCGCGCUUUACCAUCCCGCCGCGUCAGCACAGUCACCUGGUGCCCAACUCCUGCUGCUAUUCCGGGUUCGAGCCCAUGCGCGGCAUCGCCGCGCGCGUCCACACCCACACCAUGGGCAGGAGUGUCUUCUUGGAGCGACGAGGCCCCGAGCCAGGCGCGGCGUGGAGCCAGGUCUUCAGCCAGGACCCGCAGCAGCCCCAGGGCUUCUACCCGCUCACCCAGAACUUGACCAUCCUGCCGGGGGACUCUCUGCGUGCCACCUGCCUCUUCAACUCCAGCCAGGCGUCCGCCCCCGUCUCCGCGGGGCACGGAUCCGAGAACGAGAUGUGCAACCUCUACCUGCUGGUCGACGCGCACGUGCCCGCCUUCCAGUGGGGCGACGUGCCUAUCCCCGGAGCCCCCCUGGCCAUCCUGGACGCCGACUCCGGCGCAGCGUCAGCCCCCGGCUGGGGCGCCGGCGCCUUCCUCAUGCCGCACGGCGCCAGCCUGGCGCCGGACGGCACGCUGUGGCUCACCGACGUCGGCGCGCACCAGGCGCUACAGUUCACGCCGGAGGGCGCGCGGCUGGGCGCGCUGGGCGAGCGCGGCGUGCCGGGCGACGGCACCGGCGCGGCGCUGUGCCAGCCCACGCACGUCGCCGUUUCGCGCGACGGCACCGUCUACGUCACCGACGGCUACUGCGCGGCGCGCGUCGCCGUGUUCAGCAAGUCCGGCGCGUUCCUGCGCUCGCUGGCGCUGCCGGCGCCGGCGCGCCUGCGCGUCCCGCACUCGCUGGUGCUGGACGAGUGCUCCGGCGCCGUGCACGUCGCCGACCGCGAGGCCGGCGCGGUGCACGCGCUGGAUGCGCUGAGCGGCGCCCUGCGCGGCACGUGGAGCACGCGGCAGUACGGCCUGCCCUACGCGCUGGCGCUGGGGCCCUACGGCGCCGUGCACGUCCUGGCCUGGGACCGCGAGGGCCCCGGCGCCGCCACCUGGCUGCUGGCGCUGGCAGCCGCUCCGGGGCGCGUCGCCGCCGCCUGGCGCCUGCCGGGCCUGCGCGCGCCGCAUGACUUUGCGCUGCUCCCGCUCCCGCUCGCGGUCACGCUGCCGGGGGAGCGCAGCCUGGGCGUCGUGGUCGUCGAGGCCGCGGCGGAGGGCUCCCGCCUGGUCAAGUUUGCCUUCCGCGCCGCGCCGGACAACGGCACGGAGCCUGUGGUUCACGACGCCCGGCCCCUGCCCACUGCGCUCGAGGUGGCCAGCCACUCCGGCGCCGCCGCGGGCCACGCCCAGGGCACCGACGCCGACGGCAUGAUCAUCAUCCCCCUGGCCGUCGCCCAGCCGCCUGUCCGGGGCGCAAAUGGCACGGCGGGCGCGGAUCCUUCUGAGCGACGCCGCGACAACCCCUUUCUGAAGAGGUCUGAGCCGCAGCGCGACGGCAUCGUGCUGCUCCCCGACCAGGCCGCAGCGGGCGUGGACAAGCCGGUGAUGGUGACGGCACAGGCGGCACGUGACCGGGGUGGCUUCGAGGCGGAUGCCGAAGAGCAGGGGGCAGAGGUGGCGGAUGCCAAAACCCAAGCCGCAGGCGUUGACCCAGUGGCCUUGGCGCACAGCACAACUGGAGCCCAGAGGGCGGCGUCGUGGCUCGCCCUACCGCCCGCUCCAGCCCUGGGCGGCGGCAGCCUGCUGGCCUUCAUCGCCGGGGCCUCUAUUGCAGUGGUGGGGGUGCUGGGCUGGCAGUCGGGGUGCUGGGGCGCCGCCUUCCGCCGGCGAUCGUCCUCCCCACGCCGCUACGUCGCCGUAUAG